AUGGAUCCUUCAGAUAUAAAAAAGAAGAUCAAUCGCUUUCGAAUCCUCAUCAUAGGAAGAGCGAAUGCGGGGAAAACUACCAUCCUCCAGAGGGUUUGCAAUACCAAAGGGAACCCAGAAAUAUUUAAUAGCGCUGGGGAAAAGAUCGAUGCCGCUCUUUUGACUGCAUCAAGAGAGCGUGGAGAGCACGACAUCGAGAAUGAAUUGGUGUUUCCAAAGAAUCCAGGCUUCAUCUUUCACGAUUCACGCGGGUUUGAAGCAGGCGGCGAAUCCGAGUAUGACAAGGUGAACACAUUCAUCAAAGCCCGUUCGAAGGAAGCAAAUAUGAAGAAUCGAAUUCACACCAUAUGGUAUUGCAUACCAAUGGAUCAGGCAAGCCGGUGUUUCACUGAAGCCGAACACAAAUUCUUCUCCCGCUGCGACACCGGAAGCAUUCCGGUCAUCGUACUAUUUACGAAAUUUGAUGCCCUCUACGAUGUCGAAUUCGCACGACUGAUAGAAAACGGAACAUCGAGGAAGGACGCCAAGAAACUGGCCCCGACACAUGCCGAAAAGACAUUUGCGAACGGGUCACAAGUAAAGUUUCUAUAUGACCCCAAGACCAUACAACGGCCUCCGAAAUGCCACGUCUGCCUCCCAGACAUGAACAAGGAUGAUGCUGAUUGCGGGCCACUCAUCGAACGGACCGCUGAAACCCUGGAUGAUCAAGUCCUUCAGCAAUUAUUCGUCUCGACUCAGCAGACCAACUUGGAACUCUGCAUGAAAUAUGCAGUUGAGAAGACACUUGCAGAGCUUGUUGCCCCAAAUGUGAUUCCCUUAUCUGCGGAUGUGGCAAUAGCUACAUUGGGAUGUUGGUUUCCACAUAUUUGGUACGUCUGUUGA